GCGUCUAUGCCUCCCGGAGCCUCCUGGGAGUCUCCCGACUCCUUAAAGGGCCCCCCCGCCCCGGGGGCCCACCUGUCCUCCCUAGGGCCCAUCGGGACACCGCUGCUGUCGGAGGAGCAGGAGGAGGUCCGACGACAUGCCUGAGGCAAAACCAGCGGCCAAAAAGGCCCCAGCGGGCAAAGAUGCUGCUGCCAAGCCGGCUCCCAAGGAAGCGACCCCUCAAGAGGCCCCUGCAGCGCCCCCUACAGAAGCCCCACCCGAAGACCAGUCUCCCACCGCGGAGGAGCCCACCGGCGUUUUCCUGAAGAAGCCAGACUCCGUGUCGGUGGAGACUGGAAAGGAUACUGUGAUCGUGGCCAAGUUGAAUGGCAAAGAGCUGCCGGCCAAACCAGCCGUCAAGUGGUUCAAGGGGAAGUGGUUGGAGCUGGGCACCAAGAGCGGUGCCCGAUUCUCCUUCAAGGAGUCCCACGACACCGCCACAAAUGUGUACACGUUGGAGCUGCACAUCAUGAAGGUGGUACUGGGGGACCGCGGGGAUUACCGCAUAGAGGUCAAAGCCAAGGACUUCUGUGACAGCUGCGGCUUCAACAUCGACGUGGAGGCACCCCGUCAGGACUCCGCUGGGCAGAGUCUAGAGAGCUUCAAGCGAUCGGGUGAAGCAAAGUCAGACACUGCGGGUGAGCUGGAUUUCAGCGGACUGUUGAAGAAGAGGCAGGUGGUUGAGGAGGAGAAGAAAAAGAAGAAAGAUGAUGAUGACCUCGGCAUCCCGCCAGAGAUUUGGGAGCUCCUGAAAGGGGCAAAGAAGAGCGAGUACGAGAGGAUCGCCUUCCAGUACGGCAUCACCGACCUCCGGGGCAUGCUGAAGCGGCUCAAGAAGGCCAAGGUCGAGGUCAAGAAGAGCGCAGCCUUCACAAAGAAGCUGGAUCCAGCCUACCAAGUGGACAGAGGCAACAAGAUCAAGCUGGUGGUAGAGAUCAGCGACCCAGACCUUCCCCUCAAGUGGUUCAAGAACGGCCAGGAAAUCAAACCAAGUAGCAAAUACGUGUUUGAGAACGUUGGUAAGAAGCGAAUCCUCACCAUCAACAAGUGCACGCUGGCAGACGAUGCUGCUUAUGAGGUCGCCGUCAAAGACGAGAAGUGUUUCACCGAGCUCUUCGUCAAAGAACCCCCAGUCUUGAUUGUCACACCCCUGGAGGACCAGCAGGUGUUUGUUGGAGAUCGGGUAGAAAUGGCAGUGGAAGUGUCAGAAGAGGGUGCCCAAGUCAUGUGGCUGAAAGACGGCGUGGAACUGACUCGGGAGGAUUCCUUCAAGUCCAGGUACCGCCUCAAGAAGGAUGGGAAGCGUCACAUCCUCAUCUACUCGGAAGUGACCAUGGAGGAUAAGGGGCACUACCAGGUCAUGACCAACGGCGGCCAGUGUGAGGCGGAGCUCAUCGUGGAAGAGAAACAGCUGGAAGUCCUGCAGGACAUUGCGGACCUGACGGUGAAGGCCUCGGAACAGGCCGUGUUCAAGUGUGAGGUGUCCGAUGAGAAGGUCACGGGCAAGUGGUACAAGAACGGGGUGGAGGUGCGGCCCAGCAAACGGAUCACCAUCUCCCACACGGGGAGGUUCCACAAGCUGGUGAUUGAUGACGUCCGGCCCGAGGAUGAGGGAGACUACAUGUUUGUGCCCGAUGGCUAUGCCCUGUCCCUCUCGGCCAAGCUCAACUUCCUGGAAAUCAAGGUGGAGUACGUCCCCAAGCAAGAGCCACCCAAAAUCCACCUGGACUGCUCUGGGCAGACCUCGGAAAAUGCUAUCGUGGUCGUGGCAGGAAACAAGCUGAGGCUGGACGUGUCCAUCACCGGGGAGCCCCGGCCUGUUGCCACCUGGAUGAAGGAGGAUGAGGUAUUCACGGGCACCGAGGGCAGGGUCCGCAUCGAGCAGCGAGGCGACAUCAGCAGCUUCGUGAUCGAGAGCGCGGAGCGAGGCGACGAGGGUCGCUACACCAUCAAGGUCACCAAUCCCGCGGGCGAGGACGUGGCCUCCAUCUUACUGAAGGUUGUGGAUGUCCCAGACCCCCCGGAGGCAGUGCGAGUCACGUCGGUUGGAGAGGACUGGGCUGUCCUGGUCUGGGAGCCCCCCAAGUACGACGGGGGACGGCCGGUCACUGGAUACCUCCUGGAGCGGAAGAAGAAGGGCUCCCAGCGCUGGAUGAAGCUGAACUUCGAGGUCUUCACGGAGACCACCUACGAGUCCACCAACAUGAUCGAGGGCAUCCUCUACGAGAUGCGAGUCUUUGCCGUCAACGCCAUCGGGGUCUCCCAGCCCAGCAUGAACACCAAGCCCUUCAUGCCUAUUGCGCCCACGAGUGAACCGCAGCACCUGACUGUGGAGGACGUGACCGACACCACCACCACCCUCAAGUGGCGGCCCCCAAAUAAGAUCGGGGCGGGCGGCAUCGAUGGGUACCUGAUCGAGUACUGCGUGGAGGGCUCUGACGAGUGGAUCCCUGCUAACACGGAACCCGUGGAGCGCUGCGGCUUCACCGUGAAGAAUCUCCCCACAGGAGCCAAAAUCACCUUCCGCGUGGUAGGGGUCAACAUCGCGGGCCGCAGCCAGCCGGCCACCCUGGCCCAGCCGGUCACCAUCCGGGAGAUUGUGGAGCAACCCAAAAUCCGGCUACCCCGCCACCUCCGCCAGACUUAUGUCCGCAAAGUCGGGGAGCAUCUCAACCUGGUCAUCCCCUUCCAGGGAAAGCCGCGGCCGCAGGUGGUGUGGACCAAAGGCGGGGCGCCCAUAGACACCUCGCACGUGCACGUGCGCACCAGCGACUUCGACACGGUGUUCUUCGUGCGCCAGGCGGCCCGCUCCGACUCCGGGGAGUACGAGCUCACGGUGCACAUCGAGAAUAUGAAGGACACGGCCACUAUCCGCAUCCGGGUUGUGGAAAAGGCAGGGCCCCCGCAGAAUGUGAUGGUGAAGGAGGUGUGGGGUACCAACGCGCUGGUGGAGUGGCAGCCCCCCAAGGAUGACGGCAACAGUGAGAUCACCGGGUAUUUCGUCCAAAAAGCCGACAAGAAAACCAUGGAGUGGUUCACAGUUUAUGAGCGCAACCGGCACACCUCCUGCACCGUGUCCGAUCUCAUCAUGGGCAACGAGUACUAUUUCCGAGUUUACAGCGAAAACGUCUGUGGGCUCAGCGACAUGCCUGGCGUGUCCAAGAACACAGCCCGGAUCGUCAAGACAGGUAUGAACCUCAAGUUGCCCAAGUACAAGGAGCACGACUUCCGAACUCCCCCCAUGUUCCUGACGCCUCUACCUGACCGGGUGGUGGUGGCUGGUUACGCUGCGGCUCUCAACUGUGCCGUGAGAGGCCACCCGAAGCCCAAGGUGGUCUGGAUGAAGAACAAGAUGGAGAUCCGCGAAGAUCCCAAGUUCCUGAUGACCAACCACCAGGGGGUCCUGACGCUGAACAUCCGCCGCCCGUCCCCCUUUGACUCGGGGACUUACUCGUGUCGGGCUGUCAACGAGCUGGGGGAGGCCCUGGCCGAGUGCAAGCUGGAAGUCCGAGUGCCACAGUGAAGCUCUGUCCUCCACCUAACAAGAUGACUGACUGGCUGCUGAGCCCUAACCCAGACCUCUCUGGACACAUUUCCCUUUCCCGAAUUAUAAGUGAGAAGUAGUCUUGUCUUGA